AUGGCAAACGUUACCAGACCUCCUAUCGCCGGUGCUGUCAGUACAAACGCAUUAAGCGACGACCUCAGCGAUAAUACAACCACCCAUACACCUACAGAUGAAUUUAUUCCUAGCGAUACGACCACCAUCCUUGCUCCUUCAGCAGAAAUGCAAACCCACACUGUCAUUUUUCUCCACGGUCGUGAAGAUUACGGAUCGGAUCUAGCCAAAUAUUUCUUCGACAGCAAAGCAUCAGACGACCGCACAUUAGCUGACAUCUUUCCAUCAAUCCGAUGGGUCUUCCCGACGGCUAAACUCCGAUACUCAGCACAGCGAGAUUUUGAAUUCAGCAAUAGCUCGUUCGCAGAAGCGCUAAAGGGCGAAGAAAUUAUAUCGCAGUGGUUUGAUGUUUGGGACAUUGCAACGCCUGAGGAUAGGGAAGAGCUUAUGAUUGAGGGACUGCAAGAGAGUAUCAAAGACAUUCUUCAGAUUAUUAAAGAAGAGGCGCAGAGGGUUCCAUUGGAGCGGAUUAUUCUCGGUGGGAUCAGCCAAGGUUGUGCUACUGCUCUUCUCACUCUGGUGGCCGCCGGUCUGGAUCUCGGAGGGUUUAUUGGGCUGUGUAGCUGGCUGCCUUUUCAAAACAAGAUUGAAAGACUCCCAACUGGAUUCAUCAAUAACAAGAACGAGAUAUCACGACACAUUAAGGGCAUAUUAAGUGUUUCUCCAGAGAUGAACGCUUCGUUAUUUGAGCAGGCAGACGCUAGAGAAGGAACGACGACCAACACAACGGACACAGUGAAUCUAGAAGCAAGCAUCAGCAGAUUAUCGAUAGAUUCAAAAGCUACUAAAACAACCCCAGUCUUCCUAGCUCACUCGCAGGAUGAUGAGACGGUCCCUUUCGCCCUGGGCGAAGGCUUGCAUCAAACGAUUAAGCAUCUAGGAUUUGAUGUUACCUGGACGAGAUACGAAAAGGGAGGCCACUGGAUCCAUCCACAACAUGGAGUUGAUGACAUUUUCUGGGGCAUAUUCUGGAUUGACUGCAGCACUAUUCAGACUAUUGAACAAGGGUUCUCCAAAAUUGGUCAAAUAUGCCAGGUCGAGGGCGAUUUACAGUCGAUCCGAAAUUGGCUCUCGAACAUCACAGAACAAUGGCUCUUAAUAUUCGACAACGCAGAUGAUCCAAAUCAUCAAACAGUGGGAUCAUACGAGCUUGCAGAUAUGGGAACUGAUGAUGCUAUCGACUUACUCCUAAAGUCUAUCGAAGCCUACGAUCUAUCACCUAGCACUUUACGAGAAAAAGCCAGAACUAUCACAGAGACAUUAGGCAACCUUGCUCUAGCAAUUGUCCAAGCUGGUGCUGCUAUCAGGCAAAAGUUAUGUCGGAUAGAAGACUAUUGUGGAAUGUAUCAACAUCGUCGACGAGAGCUCUUAAGUCGUGCACCUACCCAAACUAGCUCUGAUUACAAGUAUACUGUUUAUACGACUUGGGAAGUCUCUGUUAAUAUGAUCGAAAGGAUGAGCAGUGAGGUCGCAAGCCACGCGCUGGAGCUCCUUCGGCUCUUCUCAUUCCUUCACUUCGAUGGAAUUUCCGAGGAAAUAUUCCAAAAGGCUUGGGUAAACAAGAUAGGCAAGACACGUUCUGACUGGUCAGCCUUAAAUCAAUUUCAAUGGGUCUAUAAAGAUGCUUCUAUUACAUGGGACCCUUACUAUCUCCGGGAAUCAAUUGUUCUACUCUCCUCUUUCUCUCUAAUAAAGGUUGAUAGUUUGAGUAACGACCUCUCUAUACACCCGCUUGUUCACGCUUGGGCUUGUGAUAGAGUCAGCGAAAUAGAACAAGGAAAAUUAGUCCUUAAGACAGCUGUUUUGCUCGCGGACUCUAUCUCUUGGGAGCAGAGUAUAUCUGGAUACGCUUUUCGAAGAUCUCUAGCGUCCCAUGUUACAACUUGCCUACAAGGCAUGACUCUAGAAACACUAUUCACUAGUGGCAUAGGCGCGGAAGGGUGUUGCAAUGUUGCUGAUAGAUUUGCGCGAGUUUUAAGCGAAAGUGGUCAAUGGCAAGGUGCUGUGCAGCUCGAAGAGAAGGUGUAUGAGACGAGCAAGAGGAUGCUUGGAGAGGAGCACCCCUCCACCCUUGUCUCAAUGAGCAACCUUGCAAGUAGCUAUAGCGAUCUUGGGCGAAGACAGGACGCGGUCCAGCUAAACGAGAAGGUGUAUAAGGCGAUGAAGAGGACGCUUGGAGAGGAGCACCCGCAUACCCUUAUCUCAAUGGCUAACAUCGCAAGUAGCUAUAGCAAUGUUGGGCGAGGACAGGACGCGGUGCAGCUGAACAGAAAGGUGUACAAGGCGAUGAAGAAGACGCAUGGAGAGGAGCACCCGCAUACCCUUAUCGCAAUAAGCAACCUUGCGAAUAUAUAUAGCUUUCUUAGGCGAGGACAGGACGCGGUCUAG